AUUUUAAGCAGCCCCGGCUCCCUUCCUUUUCCUCUUUCUCUUUCCUACCAUCAUCGUGGGCCUUUGCUCAUAUCCCCCCCUUUCUUCUUCUUCUCUUUUUUUUUUCGUUUUUCGUUUCUACAUAAACAAAGUGCAUAUACAAUGUCCCAAGAUGUGGCGGAGCAGAAUAUUCAGAUGUGGAAAAUCAAGAAACUGAUCAAGAGUCUUGAUUCUGCUAGAGGAGCAGGAACGUCCAUGAUCAGCUUGAUCCUUCCCCCAAAGGAUCAAGUAUCCCGAGCAUCCGCCAUGUUAACCCAAGAAUACGGCACAGCGUCCAACAUCAAAUCCAGAGUCAAUCGCCUCUCCGUCCUCGCUGCCAUCACCAGUACCCAACAGCGCCUCAAGCUCUACAAUCGAGUGCCCCCCAACGGCCUCGUGCUCUUCGUGGGCACCAUCCUAACAGACGAAGGCAAGGAAAAGAAGGUCUCCUUCGAUUUUGAGCCUCACAAGCCUGUUAAUACGUCCCUCUACCUCUGCGACAACAAGUUCCACACCGAAGCUCUCUCGGAACUUCUCGAGUCCGAUUCUCGCUUUGGGUUCAUCGUCAUGGACGGAAACGGUACCCUUUUCGGGACCCUCGCGGGUAACACCCGUGAAGUAAUCCAUAAAUUCACUGUCGACCUCCCCAAGAAGCACGGUCGAGGUGGUCAAUCCGCACUCCGUUUCUCCCGUCUUCGUGAUGAGAAAAGACACAACUACGUGCGCAAGGUGGCCGAGCUGGCCGUGCAGCAUUUUAUCACCAACGAUAAAGUCAACGUCACGGGCCUCGUGUUGGCGGGAAGCGCCGAUUUCAAGACGGAGCUCAGUCAGAGUGAUAUGUUCGAUUUGAGGUUGGCGGCUAAGAUUAUUAAAGUUGUGGAUGUUAGUUAUGGUGGUGAGAAUGGGUUUAACCAGGCUAUCGAACUCGCUGCAGAGUCUCUUGCGAACGUCAAGUUUGUGCAGGAGAAACGGCUCAUCCAAAAGUACUUUGACGAAAUUAGUCAAGAUACGGGCAAGUACUGCUUUGGCAUUGAAGACACCCUCAAGGCUCUCGAACUUGGAGCCGUCGAGACUCUGAUCGUAUGGGAGAAUCUAGAUAUCAUGCGUUACAUCCUUCGUAACGCCGCUGGAGAGGACAUCAUCGUCUACCACAACAAAGAACAAGACAAAGACCGCACCAAAUUCCUCGACAAAUCCACCGGCCUCGAAAUGGAACAAUCCGAAGAACCCCAAGCGCUCCUCGAGUGGUUCGCCGAAAAGUACAAAGAGUUUGGCGCCAACCUCGAGUUUGUGACGAACCGGUCGCAGGAGGGGGCACAGUUCGUGAAGGGCUUUGGGGGGAUUGGGGGAUUGUUGAGGUACAAGGUUGAUUUUACGAAUUUGGCGACGGUUGAUGAGGAGGAUGAGGACGAGUUUUAUUCGGAUGAUGAUGAUAUCUGACGGUUUUGCUGGCUCUUAGGAGCCCCGUCCUUACAGGGUACGUCGGGCGGGGCGGGUGGUAGGGGAAGCGAUGGCGACGGCGACGUGGAAUGGUACGACCGAGUUGGGAACGUGAACGUGAAAUCUCGUUUUUGUCCUUUAGGGGCAAUGUUUGAAGCACACGCUGUGUGUCAUGUUGUACUCGACAGAUAAAUGUAUGAUUUUGUAUGACUAUAUGUGCUUUACAUCGCAAAUCCAGGUCUUUCACGUUUGAGGGAAAUGAUUAAGAAAGACAUUGGUUCUAGGUUAGGUAGACGA